GUUACCAGAGUGGUCUUACUGUGGGUAAACAAUCAUUUUAAUGACUUUGAAGGAGAUCCUGCUAUGACACGAUUCCUGGAAGAAUUUGAAAAGAACUUGGAAGAUACGAAAAUGAAAGGACACCUCAGAUUGUUGAAUAUUGCCUGUGCUGCCAAAGCAAAAUGGAGACAAAUUACCCUGCAAAAACCUUCUAGAGAUUCACCACUCUUUUUCAGUCUCCUUGGAGGAAGCGACAAGGGAUUCGGUAUUUUUGUAGAGACUGUGGAAAUGGGCAGUAAAGCAGCAGAAGCUGGACUCAAGCGUGGUGAUCAGAUAAUGGAAGUAAAUGGACAGAAUUUUGAGAACAUUACCUUUGUAAAAGCUCUGGAAAUCUUAAGGAACAACACUCAUCUCUCCAUUACUGUAAAAACAAACAUUUUUGUGUUUAAGGAGCUGCUCUGCAGGAUAGGACAGGAGAAGAAUGGAAUUCCACAUAUUCCAAAAAUUGCAGAAAAGAAAAACAACCGUUAUUCCAUCCCUGAUAUGCCUGGAGAUGUGGAACAGAUGUUUCCCCGCGAAAAAGGAAACAAGAAAAUGAAAGCAAACACUGUAUCUGGUGGGAGAAACAGAAUCAGGAAAAUUUUAGACAAGACCCGAUUCAGCAUCUUGCCUCCAAAGCUGUUCAGCGAUGGUAGCGUGAGCCAGUCGCAGGACGACAGCAUUGUGGGGACGCGGCAGUGCAGGCACAGCCUGGCCAUCAUGCCCAUUCCGGGAACGCUCUCGUCCAGUAGCCCUGACCUGUUGCAGCCUACAACGAGCAUUCUGGAUUUCUCUAAUCCCUCAGCUGUUGGGUUUUACUAUAUUCCGGAUCAAGUAAUAAGAGUUUUCAAAGCAGAUCAGCAGAGUUGUUACAUUAUCAUCAGCAAAGACACUACAGCAAAAGAGGUUGUGAGUCACGCCGUCCACGAGUUCAACUUGACGGGAGCCCCGGAGACCUACUCGCUCUGCGAAGUGUCCGUCAGCCCCGAGGGAGUCAUCAAGCAACGGAGACUCCCAGAUCAGUUCUCAAAAUUGGCCGACAGGAUUCAACUCAAUGGACGGUAUUACCUAAAAAACAAUAUGGAGACAGAGACCUUAUGCUCAGAUGAGGAUGCUCAAGAGCUACUGAGAGAAAGCCAAAUUUCCCUCCUACAGCUGAGCACCAUUGAGGUCGCCACUCAGCUUUCCAUGAGAGACUUUGAAUUAUUUCGCAAUAUUGAGCCUACAGAAUACAUCGAUGACCUUUAUAAGCUGGACUCCAAAACAGGAAACGCUCACCUGAAACAGUUUGAGGAUGUCAUAAACCAAGAGACGUUCUGGGUUGCCAUGGAGAUUUUAGCAGAGCCCAACCAACUCAAAAGGAUGAAGAUUAUUAAGCAUUUCAUUAAAAUUGCCCUCCACUGUCGAGAAUGCAAGAACUUCAAUUCCAUGUUCGCGGUUAUAAGUGGGUUAAAUCUAGCACCAGUAGCACGGCUCAGAGGCACUUGGGAAAAGCUACCGAGCAAGUACGAAAAGCACCUCAGAGACCUUCAAGAUCUUUUUGAUCCAUCUCGAAACAUGGCAAAAUACCGCAACAUCCUUAGCAGCCAGAGCAUGCAGCCUCCAAUUAUUCCACUUUUUCCUGUUGUCAAGAAGGAUAUCACGUUUCUGCACGAAGGAAAUGAUUCUAAGGUGGAUGGCCUGGUAAAUUUUGAGAAACUCAGAAUGAUUGCCAAAGAAAUUCGCCAAGUUGUCCGAAUGACCUCAGCAAACAUGGAUCCGGCUGUAAUGUUCAGACAAAG